CAUCUUCCGAACUAUUACAAUUCGCUUCUUCGCCGUUCGAGCUCGGAGAUUUGUAUGUGUUCGUCAACUCUUAUUUUGAUUUGCUCAAGCUAGACAUCUCUGCUGACGCACAUGUAAUUAACAGCUCCUGGACUUCCUGUUGGCGGUGGAUAUGCCACUUCCUCUUGAUAAAUUGUUUUGUUGAAGUUUUAUGAUAUACUAUUGUAAGUAGGCAGAGAUUUAGAAGUUUCAACAGAUAUGAUUGCUGUAGUGAAGCAGCUUGUUGCUUUAAUGUAUUGAAGUUGGAUGACAGUUCCCUGUUUGGAUCCUGAUUUAAUUUCUUUAUUGUUGUUAAGCUAAAUAUCUCAAUGGAUCUGGAUAUUCUAUCUGAGAGUGAAAACACUUUCGUGGCUGGACCAAGAUCUAAGAUUGAAAUUUCAGAUCGCUACAAUAGAAAAAAGGCAGAAGAGAGGGUUGUAUAUGCAGAAGAAAGAGAUAAAAAAUGGAGACACUCGAGCUCCUAUGGCUUAACUGAUAACGAUUCUAAUGGAUCUUCUAUGUAUUAUCCUGCUAAUUCUGAUCAGAAAAGCUUGCCUUCCAGGUCAAUUGGAAUGGUGGUAAAAGAUAGUGAGGUACUAAAGCGGGGCUCUACGUACCAAAGCUCAGAAGAAGUCAGAAGAAUGCAAGUGGUUAAAGAUAGGCGGACUGUGAAGCAAGACCGUCGUGAUGAGGCUUUCCUGUCCUUUAAAGUUAUCAAAUCCCCACCACGGGGUUCAUCAAGAGAAUUUGUUUAUUUUCCUGAACCAACUAAGAAUGCUUUGGUGUCUUUACCCUUAGAUCCAGAUUCUCUAUCUCUUGGUAACAAUAAGUUAUUUCCAACAGAAAAUAUGGAGUUUCUAGACUUAUCAUUCCGUGAUUUUUUAGAGGACCGUUCAAAGAUCAGCAUUUCAUGCUCAAAUGCAAAUGCAGAUCCAGCAGGCAGCAGUCCUGCCAAUAAACUUUUGGAGAAGCGCUUGCAGAGUAAAGAGAUUAGUAGCCUUGCUGGAAAGGAAGCUCCAGAGUUUGUACAGAAAUUGCGGGUAAAGGAAACAAAAUCAGGUGCACUUCAGUUGUGUAGUGCUGGAGUUGAUGCUAGUAUUAUCUAUGAAAGAGAGUAUAUAAGCAUUCUGCCUAAAUCCUUUUCAGCAAAGGCAGGAACUCCAGACAGGCGUUAUUAUUCAGCAAGAGAGAUGUUAAAAUCCAGCCCAAAGACUCGUUUUAGCCCAUUUAAGAAGAUGUUGGAUCCCAUUUUGAAAUCUAAUGCCUGGCGCAACCCCUCACUCCUGGAACCAGAAACCAGCAGUAGCACAGCCUUCGAUGCUCCAAGCUUAAGUAGACAUAAAUUCUUCCCGAAGUCCCUAUUGAAUGAUUUCUCGAGGGCAACUCAGAAGAUUGAAAAUGACAAGGUACCAAAUGGAAGUGCCAACGUGAUCAAGACAGCUAAUUCCCCGGUUCACUUGCAUGCUCUUCUGAGAUGGGAAUGUAACCAUGGUGCCUCAUUUUAUGAAUUUUCAGUUAAAGAUCCUGAAGAUGUCCUACGUGCAAAAACAUGGAAAACUGAAAAUGCUUUUAAUUGGGUGUAUACUUUCCAUUGCCUUAAAAAGAAAAGUAAUAGUCAGAAUAAUAAAACAAAAGAAAGCCAUGAUCAGCUAUCUCUAAUGAUUGGUCAGAUGCAGGUUUCUUGUUACUUGUGCCCAGAGAUCACUAAUGCUGGAUCUUUCGAUAACUCUGCAAUUACAGAGUUUAUUUUGUAUGACAUAGCUCACGCAAGAAAGAAUAAUGCGGUUGAGAGAUCCCAUUUUCCUUCAAAUUCCAAUCAAACUGCUGUUUUUACUGUUGCAGACAGUUUGUGCGCAGAGAGUUCUUUAGAGUCAAGUAGCUUGAUUAAGGCUGAAGAUUUCCAAUCUCCAGUUAGCUGUAAUUCCUCUAACUUUGAGUCAGAACUUUCAACUGCUUUUCCAUGGGCAACAACUGAGUUACAGCCAAACCUUGAAAUUGCUGCCAUUGUUAUUCAGAUUCCUUUUAGUAAGAAAGAUGCCUUGAAAAAUUUCCAGGCGGGAGAUAAGUACAAGUGUUCUGCAGCAGAUCUAAGAGUUAGUGAUGACAAUUGCCCUAGUCCUGUAUAUAUGAAGGUUGUUGCACCAACUGGGAGACAUGGGCUCCCUAACAGCGAGGAAGUCGGGCCUUCAUCAUUACUUGAUAGAUGGAGAUUUGGUGGAGGCUGUGAUUGUGGUGGUUGGGACAUGGGCUGCCCAAUUCUUGUGUUUGAAACUGUCAGCAAUGAUAACGUGGCUUCAAUAACUGGAACUCAAGGGUCAAUUCUUCUUUUUGUUAAGGGUAAAAAGGAAAAAGUUCCUGCUCUCUCCAUCACAGCUAAUGGGAAAGGAUAUUAUGCUGUUGAUUUCCAUGCUCAAUUAUCAUCACUGCAGGCAUUCUCGAUUUGCAUUGCAAUUCUGCAAGGCUUCGAAGCUUCUUCAGCUAUUGGCCAAGACAAUGACAAGCAUAAACCAUACUCUAAUUCGCUCAAGCUUCUACUUGAAGAAGAAGUUAGAGAUAUCAUUGAAGCCGUUUCAGAGAAGAAACGACAAACAAACACACGAGUUAAGCAGGUCCCCCCAUCUUUCUUCCUUGACUCUCCAUUUUCUCCAAUGGGACGGGUUUAGUUCACAAUGAAGAUUGUGAAAUUCAGUUAAAAUGAAGGCCUGGGUAACAUCUAGCUAGCUGAUGACAGCUCGGCAGAGAAAACUCUGUUUUUAAAAAUCAAUGAAACCAACAGCUGCAGUUUGAAUCUUUUUAGGAUUUCAGGUAUACAUUUCAUUCUAACUAUUGUAUUGCAUUAUAUUGUGAGCUUAGUCCUGUCUAUAAUGUUUUAUAGUUUGAGAGAAAUUUGGAGGGGAGUGUAGAAAAUUUCACACUGAUUAUGUAGAACAAUUAACCCAAGGUUUAGUUUGUGGCAUUGUAUUUUUAAGCAUGAAGGCCAAGCAAAUGAAAUAACACGUUGCAGUUCUUUAAUUAUA